GCCCGAUCACUGGCCGUAACGUUCAGUCCGCCGGCACUCGAGGCCCGUAACGGCCGUAUAGUUGGCUAUUAUUUAGGCUAUAAAGCGCUGGAUAUGGACUCAAAUUACAUGUUUAAAAAGUUGUCGACAAACGAGUUGUCGAACGCUGGGAACCAACAAAACGAAGUGAACAUCACAUCCCUGUCUGCCAACACUAAAUACGCGAUUGUUGUCCAGGCAUUCAACGGUGAUAAA